AUGCCGGACCACCCAAUGCCCUCCCUCCGAUCUGACCGUCCCUCCAGCUCGGCGAACUACGCCCCAGAGAUCCCCGACCCGGCACACGCACUACCGUUGACUGCAGCUUCCGGGCACGGUGGCCCGACGCCCCCUCGCUUCGCCAAACUGGACUUCGCCACUUACGACGGCACGGAGGACCCCCUUAACUGGCUCAACCAGUGCGAGCAGUUCUUUCGAGGGCAGCAGACACUCGUUUCAGAUCGUACCUGGCUCGCGUCCUAUCAUCUCCGAGGCGCGGCGCAGACUUGGUACUACGCCCUCGAGCAGGACGAGGGCGGCAUGCCACCAUGGGAGCGCUUCCGGGAGCUUUGUCUCCUCCGGUUCGGGCCUCCUAUCCGCGGGAGUCGCCUGGCGGCCCUCAGCCGCUUGCCUUUCACAUCCACGGUGCAGGACUACGCCGACCGCUUCCAGGCCCUGGCAUGCCAUGCGCCGGGCGUCUCCGCGACUCAGCGCGCCGAGUUAUUUGUGGGCGGAUUACCGGACCAUAUUCGCGUGGACGUCGAGCUCUGGGAUCCCCCCGACCUCCAGACGGCCAUGUACUACGCCCGGGCCUUCGAACAGCGGGCUCAGGCGCUGCAGCAACCGGCCAGCCGGGGCGGCCGCCAUCCCAGUCAACCAGCGCCGACUCCACCAUCACCGGGCCGGCUUCCUCCAACCACGACGACCGCACCUCCGGCCACCACCCGGACCUUCCGUCGGUUGUCACUGGCCGAGCAGCAGGAGCGUCGCCGUCAGGGCCUCUGCUUCAACUGUGAUGAGCCCUACACGCCGACCCAUGUCUGCCCCCGCCUAUUUUACUUGGAGACGGUCGACUACACCGAGGCCGACGACUCGACCGACGAGCCACCAACCGCGGCGGCCGCGGACACGCCCGCGGAUUCCACGGCGACGGCGUGCGUCGUCUCCCUCCACGCUCUCGCCGGCAUCCGUGGCGAACGGACCAUGUUGUUACCGGUGACAGUCCAUGGCGAGCGGCUGGUGGCCCUGCUGGAUACUGGCUCCACCCAUAACUUCCUCUGCCCGCGGCAACCAUGCGUCGGCUAG